GCCAUUGCUGCGCUCCCUGUCCGCUUUAUCCUUUCUUCCCGGGGCCCGCUGCCUUGGAGCCGGCUCGGCUCGGCCGCCGCCCGCUCGUCCGGCCCCGCCGCCCGACGCGACCUCCCCAACAUGGCCGCCCGCUGCCGCCGCCUCCCAAGAUGGCGGCGCGGGGCGGGGGGGCGGUGCCCGAGGCGGCGAUGGCGGCGGAGGGGCCGCGCAGCCUGUUCGCGCUGAGCGCGGCCGCCGUGAGCCGCAGCAUGGGCGCCCUGGAGCGGGACGUCUGGGCGCUGCCCGGGCACCUCCUGCGGGGGCUCCUGCCGCUCCUCACCAUCUUCCACCUCGAGCGGGCCGAGGGCGCCGCGCGGAGAGCAGGCCUCUCGACACAGCCCAUCUGGCGCCAGCUGUGGGAUGAUGUGAUGAAAACCAGGCCACCCAACUCAGAGAAUAUAACCUGUUGGAGGAAGAAGUUCCUUGAAACGUUCUUCUCCAAUGUUCUCCACGGUGUCUUGGACGUUUCCUCCGACUGGCGCCUCAACGACCAUCACUUUUCGCCGCUGCUCCACAGCUCCCCGCACGUGUCCCAGCUCACCCUCUGCAACAUGCUGCAGGGUGCCGUGGAGCUCGCUGCUGAGCACAACCACAAAGUGCUGGAAAACCUGGCUGGCUCCCUGCGCAUCCUGAAGUUCCAGCACCUCCUCUCCUCCGACCAGUCCAUCAGGCGUUCGCUGGUUUUGCUCCUCCACCGGCUGAUUCACCACGGCUCUGUCAGCCAGGUGUCCAUGUAUUCCUGGCCUGUUCCCGACACGGUUCUUCUCGUUCUCAUUUUGAGCAUGAGUGCUGGGUUUUGGCGCUCAGGAAAUGCCCUCGCUUAUCAGUGUGGCCUUUGCAGAGAGGACAGAGCCCCAAGCCAGGAGUUGGUGCAGGAGCGAGCAGAGAGUGGCCGUGACGCUGAGAGGGAGGGGAGCAAUGGUGAGAACCAGAAGGGAUUCCCUGAGGCCCCAGUGGAGGCUGAUGCUCACCUGAACUCUGUCCUCUCUGUCCCAAGAAGUUCUCCCCUGCAAAACCAACCGUGUGAGGAGGCCAGCAGCGAGGGGCCCUGUGACCACACCAGCAUUCAGGGGGAACCUUCCCCUCGCUGUGGCUCAGGGCAGCUGUCCUGUCACCCUGUUCUUCGAAAGACACGCAGACGGCUGAAACCCGCAGUGGGGAGGAAACGUUGCUGCCUCAGACGGAGCAGGGGACCCUAUGCUGACCCAGAAGACCUGUAUGAUUUUGUUUUUACUGUUGCUAGAGAGGGUAAUUCAGGGCUACUUGACAAAACCAGCAGCACAGAGGACGAAAACACAGAGAACUGGACUAGUUCCUCCCCUGGAUCUCCGUGCACUGGCUGUGCUGGCUGUAAGAAAAGAGGAGGACCUGCUGGGAUCUUUUCUCUGAAAGCUGCUCACCGCUUCCGAAGUGUGUCCACUCUGGAAUUGUUCUCCAUUCCUUUGACUGGGGAGACAUGUCGGACUCUGAGUAACCUGCUGAGCUCCUGGGUGUCUUUAGAAAACUUGGUUCUGUCUUACAAUGGCCUGGAUGCCAACAUCUGCUGCAUCCUCUCCGGGCUCCGGGCCCUCUCCCGCCACCCGGGCUGCCGCCUCCGUGUGCUGCGCGUGAGUGACGUCUUCUCCCACAUGCCUUGCAUGGAGCUCGUUCGCUGCAUCCUGAGUGCCUUCCCACAGCUCCACACGCUCUCAGUCAGCUUCGACCUCAAAAACCAGCCGGAGGGGAACAGGCCAGAGGGAAAUGCAAGUUGCAGUGAGGUAGAAAUCCCAGAAAGCUGCCUGGAGCAGCUGGAGAUCCGAUUCCCCAGGGAACCUCUGCACACCACGUUCCUGCAGCCAGUGCUCAAGGCAUCGAAGUCCCUCCAGCAGCUGUCCCUUGACAGUGCCACGCUGCCCUGCUCUCAGGAGCUCGGGCUCCUUCUGGAGGCGCUCAAAGAGUGUACUCCGAAUUUGAAGAAACUGAGCUUUCAUGAUGUGAAUCUGGCUGAGCACCAGAAAGAAGUUCUGCUUUUGCUUCAGGAUCCCGUCCUGCAAGAAAUCACGUUUUCCUUCUGCCGGCUGUUUGAAAGCUCUACUGCUGAGUUUCUGUCAGAAAUAAUCAAUACAGUGAAAAGAAAUUCAUCCCUGAAGAGCCUCAAACUGCCCGGGAAUCGCCUCGGGAAUCACAGGCUGGUUGCCCUUGCAGACAUUUUCUCUGAAGAUUCCUCCUCUUCUCUUUGCCAGCUGGAUGUCAGCUCAAAUUGCAUCAAACCUGAUGGGCUCCUGGAGUUCACAGAGAAGCUGGAAGGCCACAUCCAGCAGAGAGGGGGACAGAUUCAGUUCACACACCUCCGCCUCUUCCAAAAUUGGCUGGACCAGGACGCAGAAACAGCUCAAGAAGCACUUCGGCGUCUCAAAGCUGUGUGCAGUGUGGUCAACGACUCGUGGGACUCCUCCCAGGCCUUUGCUGACUACAUCAGUGUCAUGUGAUGGACACAGGAGCAGAGAAAACCCAUCAGCUUGAACUAAGCAGUUUGGUCCCAGGCCAGGACAAUUGAUUUCACAGCACAGGUGGGGGUUUCUUCCCCUGCUUCAAGCAGUACAGAGUUGUUCUUGUCACUUUUCUAUUCAUUUGAAGGGUUAUGACAGUGAAGUGACACAUGAGACCAUGUGGGUCAACAGCUAUAUUUCCAGGUGAUCUAAACUCUACCAUCUUCCUUUGAGUACUUUAAGUGGGACAUAUAUCAAAGGGGCUUCUGUGACUUCCUCCAGACUUCUGAACAAGCAGUUAUUUAUUUCACUGGGUAUUGUGACAAAUUUCAUGUUGUUUCAGCCAAUGCCUCAUCCAUAACCACCUCCAUUGUGGGAGAGACUCACAAGCCAUCUGGUUGUGGUCCUUGGCAACCAGCCCUGCUUUUGAGGAGGGCUAUUGCACAGUAUCACCUGAGGUCCCUUCCAACUUCAGCCAUUCUGUGAAAUAAGAACUCCUUCCUCCACUUAAGGGGAGUAGAAAAUAAUCUUAAACAAAGCCCCCAGGCCUUUCCAUUUGGAAAAUUUUACUUUAUACCAAAAAAGAUGCUUUAUGUACCAAGUAGCUUGCUGUUUAUUUGCAAUCCUGUUGCCCCUUUCCAAUGUCUGCAGUCAUUUUACAGAGGUUUUAAAUAGUUUGGUCUUUUGUAACAUUUUUACAAUAAAAAUAUAUUUAAGACCCAUAA